AUGACUGAGGUAUGGCCAUUUGCGCUCCGCGCUCGAGGAGUGGCUCUGUACUCCAUGGUACUAUACGCGGCACUUCUCUUCAAUCUCUUCGUCAACCCUAUUGCCCUUGCCGCUAUCGCCUGGAAAUACUACAUCGUUUUUGUAUGCAUCCUUGUUGCCGCAACUAUUACCAUCUUUUUCACUUACCCUGAGACAAGAGGGUUCACUCUCGAAGAAAUGGCAAUUUUGUUUGACGGCGAUGGCGUAUAUCGAACGGACCUCAAGGAAGGAGCCGAGAAAGAAGAGUUCACAGCUACUUUGCCCUCGUCAACCCACGAAGAAACGACCCCUUCAUCAUUUGCAAAAGCUCUUGCCAAGACCCCUGUUGAUUUGACAAAUACUGUGUUUAAGCCUGGGGUUAUUUCAAGUCACUCGUAA